CAAUCUGUGAUGAUUAAGGUGUUGUUGCGCUUCAAAAAUGGCUUCGGGAGCUGUGCCAGCUUCGUUUUCUACCCUCAAGACUUGGGAUUCCAGUUUGGGGUUUGCGAAAAGUAUGGAUUUUGUGAGAGUUUCUGAUUUGAAGAGAAUAAAAUCUGCGAGGACAAAGGUUGCAGUUAUCAGGAACUCAAAUCCUGGCCAAGAUAUUGCUGAACUUCAACCUGCAACCCAAGGAAGUCCUCUUUUAGUUCCUAGGCAAAAGUAUUGUGAAUCAUUACACAGAACUGUCAGGAGGAAAACAAGGACAGUGAUGGUUGGUGACGUGGCUAUUGGUAGUGAGCAUCCUAUAAAAAUUCAGACAAUGACUACAACUGACACUAAGGAUGUUGCUGGAACAGUUGAACAGGUGAUGAGAAUAGCAGAUAAAGGAGCUGAUAUUGUACGAAUAACAGUUCAAGGGAAGAAAGAAGCUGAUGCAUGUUUUGAGAUUAAAAACUCCCUUGUACAGAAAAACUACAACAUACCGUUGGUUGCUGAUAUUCAUUUUGCUCCUGCUGUUGCUUUGCGAGUUGCUGAAUGCUUUGAUAAGAUUCGUGUCAACCCUGGAAAUUUUGCUGAUAGACGGGCUCAAUUUGAACAGUUAGAGUACACAGACGAAGAUUAUCAGAAAGAACUUGAGCACAUUGAACAGGUUUUCACGCCAUUGGUCGAGAAAUGUAAGAAAUAUGGGAGAGCGAUGCGCAUUGGGACAAACCAUGGCAGUCUUUCUGAUCGUAUAAUGAGCUACUAUGGAGAUUCUCCUAGGGGAAUGGUUGAAUCUGCUUUUGAAUUUGCGAGGAUAUGCCGAAAGUUGGACUAUCACAAUUUUGUUUUUUCAAUGAAAGCAAGCAACCCAGUUGUCAUGGUUCAGGCUUACCGUUUACUUGUAGCUGAAAUGUAUGUCCAAGGCUGGGAUUAUCCAUUACACUUGGGAGUUACUGAAGCUGGAGAAGGUGAGGAUGGGAGGAUGAAGUCUGCCAUUGGCAUUGGAACUCUUCUUCAGGAUGGAUUGGGCGAUACAAUUAGGGUUUCUCUCACAGAACCACCAGAGGAGGAGAUAGAUCCUUGCAGAAGGUUGGCGAACCUUGGAAUGAGAGCAGCUGAACUCCAGAAAGGGGUGGCACCUUUUGAGGAAAAGCACAGACAUUAUUUUGACUUCCAGCGCCGAUCUGGUCAACUGCCAGUGCAAAAAGAGGGUGAGGAGGUGGAUUACAGAGGUGUCCUGCACCGGGAUGGUUCUGUUCUCAUGUCAGUCUCCUUGGAUCAGUUAAAAACACCCGAGCUCCUCUACAAGUCACUUGCUGCCAAACUCAUUGUUGGCAUGCCAUUUAAGGAUCUGGCAACAGUAGAUUCAAUCUUAUUGCGGGAACUUCCUCCGGUAGAUGAUGUUGAUGCUCGGCUAGCUCUCAAAAGACUAAUAGAUAUUAGUGUGGGGGUUAUAACUCCUUUGUCGGAGCAGCUAACAAAGCCAUUACCCAAUGCCAUGGUUCUGGUGAACCUUAAGGAACUAGUUACAGGAGCUUACAAGCUUUUACCACAAGGCACACGCUUGGUUGUGUCAGUACGAGGCGAUGAGCCUUAUGAAGACCUGGAAAUUCUCAAAGGUGUUGAUGCUACUAUGCUUCUCCAUGAUCUGCCUUAUACAGAAGACAAAGUUAGUAGAGUGCAUGCAGCAAGGCGGUUAUUUGAGUACCUAUCAGACAAUUCUCUGAACUUUGCGGUUAUUCACCACAUUCAGUUUCCAAAUGGGAUUCACAGGGAUGACUUAGUGAUUGGUGCUGGUUCUGAUGCUGGAGCCCUCCUGGUUGAUGGGCUCGGUGAUGGUCUUCUUUUAGAAUCCCCAGACAAGGAUUUUGACUUUCUUAGAAACACUUCUUUCAAUUUGCUGCAAGGAUGCAGAAUGAGAAAUACAAAGACAGAGUAUGUAUCAUGCCCAUCCUGUGGCAGAACAUUGUUUGAUCUUCAAGAAAUAAGUGCGCAAAUUCGGGAGAAGACCUCACACCUCCCUGGUGUUUCGAUUGCAAUCAUGGGAUGCAUUGUAAAUGGACCUGGGGAGAUGGCUGAUGCAGAUUUUGGGUAUGUAGGAGGUGCUCCCGGGAAGAUUGACCUCUAUGUUGGGAAGGAUGUUGUGAAGCGUGGAAUUGCAAUGGAGCAUGCAACCAAUGCCUUGAUCGAGCUAAUAAAAGAGCAUGGACGUUGGGUUGACCCUCCUGCAGAGGAGUAAAAUCAAGACGGCUCAAUGUCCUGAUUGGCCAAUGAGAUCCUGACACAAGGGCAAUCCAGGAUGAUUGAUUACUGUCGUAUCCUAUUGUAUAUGCUUCAACAUAGUUGGAAAAAAAGCGAAAAUUUCCUAUGAACAAAGUUCCCAAUUAAAGCUGGGGUUGGGGAACUCCUCAGUUGCACCAUGUAUACAGACACCAAUGUGUAUUGCGUUGUCCCCAUCAAUAAUGGUAAUAUUACAGAGAAAUUCUUGGAACAAUGCCAGCUAUACAAUCUCAGUAUGGUUUUGGAUAUAUCAACCAAGCUGUAUCUCCAUCAUUCAGAUUUCAGAAAGUCAAGACUGUCAUCUGUUCUAUUGUAUGUUUACCUUAUGGUUUCUGUUGAGAUGAUACUGUGGUAUCCAUGGAGGCCCAAUUUCUUGAUGAGACGUUUCAUUCAUUCGCACGUUUAAGACAACAAAGAAAAUUAUCUUAAUUACCUUUUUUUUUUAUA